AUGGUGUGGAACACUCAGAGGCUCAACAUGAACAAGCAGAUCAAAACAGAGGACCUCAACGACUCUCUCCAUGCAGUCUCAUCACACAAAACAUGUCACCCGACACAAGGAUCCCCAAUACCUGGAGUCCAGGCAGGCCAGCUGUCAGUGGAGCUCCCCUCCCUCCACACGAUGCCGCAGCUGGUGCUUAUGUCAGGCUCUCACCACCUCUCACCCCCCUCCUCCUUCCUCCUCUCACAGACACAACACACGGGGCAUCAAGCACUUCUGCAGCAGAACCUACACAGCUUUCCCACCCAGAGCCAGUCAGGUCUCCUCCAGCACCAGCCUGGGUUAGCACUAACACCUCAGGCCAUGAGUCGGUCGGGCCUGACGUCGUCGUCCAUGGAAGGACACGUGGACAUGUCCCACCUGCAGGUCCCCAAACACAUCGGGGCCUCCCAGCAGGACGAUCCCAGCGACCUAGAGGAGCUGGAACAGUUUGCCAAGGUCUUCAAACAGAGACGCAUCAAACUGGGCUUCACCCAGGGUGAUGUAGGCCUGGAUAUGGGGAAACUGUAUGGGAAUGACUUCAGUCAGACUACCAUCUCCCGCUUCGAGGCACUCAACCUGAGCUUCAAAAAUAUGUGCAAGUUGAAGCCGCUACUGGAGAAGUGGUUGAGCGACGCAGAGAAUUCUCCCUCUGACUCUAUGGCCAACGUAGCCUCUCUACCCCCCCUGAUGGAAGGCUAUGGAAGGAAAAGGAAAAAGAGAACAAGCAUUGAAACCAACAUCAAGUUCACCCUGGAGAAACGCUUUCUUGUCAACCCCAAGCCUAACUCGGAGGAGAUCACGCUGAUCUCAGAGCAGCUGUCUAUGGAGAAGGAGGUGGUGCGGGUGUGGUUCUGUAACCGUAGACAGAAGGAAAAGAGGAUCUACUGCCCUGUGUCCACCUCACCCAUGAAAUCACAUAACUUCAACCCCAGAAUGGCCUCCACGUCCAGAUCAUACAGCCCUCUUGCUUCAGGAGGAGUGUCAUCGAGUCCCUCUCCUAAUAGUCCUAGUCAUGGACCUUCGCUCGGCACCUUCUCGUCUGGCUCCACUGCUUUGACCUCCCAGGUCAACCAAUCCUUCAGCUCACCAGGGUCGUGGUAUCGCACAUGGAACCCUAUGCCCUAUCACCACUGA